UAAAACAGAGCAAGAGAGAAACAAACUCACUUUUUAACAGAGCACAUUGGUGUUCUCCACAUCAGUCCUUGUGCGUUGGAGAUUUGAACACUGACAAAAAUUUAACAAUGGACUUAUUCAACUCCGCUCUUGGCAAAAACAUCACCUUUGUGCGUCCUGCAUAUUUUAUAAUAAGUGGAUUCAUUGGAAUACCUAAUGCCAUGUAUUACUAUAUCUUUCUCUUUUUUGUUUAUGUUAUUUCAGUGGUGGGAAACACAGUUGUGAUGACUGUAAUUUACUUGGAUCGUAAUCUGUGGACUCCAAAAUAUAUAGUAGUUUUUAACCUGGCCUUUACAGACCUGUUUGGUACCACUGCUUUGGUGCCAAAGGUCCUUGACCUCUUCCUGUUUAACAAUAACCACAUAUCCUACAGCGACUGCUUGACAUUCCUUUUCUUCUGCUAUGUCACCCUGUCAAUGCAGGUUCUUAAUCUGAUUGCACUCUCCUAUGACAGACUGAUUGCUAUUACUUACCCACUGCACUAUCAAGUGAGAGUGACUCACAGGUUCAUGUUUUCUUUGAUUGCUUCUUUUUGGCUCUUUGCCAUUGCUGUGUGCCUCACGGCAGUCGGCCUCCUCACAAGACUGUCCUUCUGUAAGUCUUCUGUGGUUGUUAACAGCUAUUUCUGUGACCAUGGUCAGAUAUUCCAACUGGCUUGCAAUGACAUAACACCCACAAGUGUCUUUGCUGUAUUUCUAAUAGUUAUUCUUCUUUGGUUCCCGUUGAGUUUCAUCUUGGGUACUUACGUGUGUAUUGUCAUUGCUUUGACUAGAGUGGCAACAGCUCAGGAAAGAGUGAAGGCCCUUAAAACCUGCACAGGUCAUAUUUCACUGGUGGCCAUCUAUUUCAUUCCAAUAUUAAUCACAUUUACCUUGGGAAGAAAUAUUCAUCCAAAUGGCAGGAUUAUUAACCUUUCUUUGACCUCUGUAUUUCCUCCUAUGUUAAACCCAAUUGUGUAUGUUCUGCAGACACAAGAAAUAAAAACAUCACUGAGAAAGCUUUUAAUGAUCAUAAAACAAUCCAAGAUUUCUGUGAGGAAAGUACUGUUUAUAUGACCAUUUCUGUCUAUAAACAGUAUGAACAAUAGCAGGAAAAUAGUAAAACUUAGAUACAGGAAAUUAUUUAAUUUUUUUCUCUGUUAAUGGUCCUUCAUGCAGUCCACUUGGAAUAUAUUUCAUGAUCUUUAUCUUUUAAAUGUCAGACAUACAAAAAGGCGAUUUUGUAUUUGUAAUGUAAUUUCAUUUUGAAUGAAUAAACAUGAUUGAAUGUUUAACUUACCAUUUAUUCAUGUUACUAAGGUUAGUGACGUUAUUAAUUCACAUAUUAUAAUUAAAGGAUCUAUAAAACUACUGUUAUCGUCAUAAUAACAGUUUGAAUUAACAUUAAACACUAUAGGUAACUGUAAAUGGCUUUAUUUUUUCCAGCGUCUGUCUGUAAAGUUGAAAAUCUUUAAUGGCACUAAUCAUUACUUAAGAAUAUAUGUAUUAAUGUUCCAUGCAUCCCUUAAUUAUGACUACAUAAAUGUAUGUAUUGACACCAUUGUGUGAUAUUUCAAGAAUUGAGACCUUGUGACACCUUUUCUGCCUCAGUCCUAUGUUCUACCCCUUUAUCCUCCACACAAGGGUUGCGGUCAUUUCUACAUAUGUACAUUGUAAAUAAAAUCACUA